GUCAUUUCCGGUGAAGCUGAGUGAUUAUUUCCGGUUUUAGAGCAACAUGGCAGCGCCCUUAGGUCUGCACCUGGAGUUUGGAGGAGGGGCUGAACUUCUCUUUGAUGGGGUCAAGAAUCAUCAUGUGACCCUCCCUGGCCAAUCAGAUCCCUGGGACAUGAAGCAGCUGCUUACAUGGAUCCGAGGGAACAUGCUGAAGGAGCGCCCAGAGCUCUUUAUGCAGGGUGACACUGUUAGACCUGGGAUUCUCGUAUUGAUCAACGAUGCAGACUGGGAACUGAUGGGUGAACUGGAGUACCAGCUUCAGGACCAGGAUAAUGUUGUCUUUAUCUCCACCCUUCAUGGAGGCUAACGGACUCUAAAUCA